GUUAUUGUAAAAAAAAUUAUGUGUUUUUUUCCAGGAUUUUUGCUAUUCGCCUGUUUGCGUGAAGAGGUGCCGUACAGUGGAGAGCCACGCUGCCCGCACAGUGGGAAAGCAAGUCGCGUGCGUGGCUGGACUAACCGGCUAUCGGUUAUUGUCCGUGGAAGAGCGUUGAUAACCGGAGUGUGGACGCGGGGACGCCAACCGUGCGACGCCGUUCACUCCAACGCCGUCCGCGUGCCGUGCCGAGCCGGCGUGCCGCUCGCUGCCGCCUCAGGUGGCCGUGUGUGUAGUCUCUGGUGGUGGGCAGGUUUGGCAGCGCGGCCGUGCACAGCUCUACUCGCUGCCGUGCCGUAACCUUGGGAACCGACCGAGCGGCCGAGUGCGUCACCAGCGCUGCCGGCGGAGCGGCGGCCCGCUGCCGACGUCCAGCAGAAGAGGCACGUGUACCCGACGCCGUCACGAGUGAUAUACUAGUGUGUACCAGUGAGUGCUAGUGUCACCGCGGACGUGGACGGACCGUGGGGGGUGCUGGGCGGUCGGACAGUGUUGGUGUUACCCGUUCGCCGCUCUGAAGGGAAAGGGCCAUGUCGAAGAGAGCUACGGAGCGGACGCCUCUUCUAAAACCGCCCAGCGGGAAGCUCGGGUCCGGUACAGAUCUAUCCGCCUCUGCGAUUCGCCGACCACCUCGGCCCGACCGCGGCAAUGCCUCGGACGUGGAGGGUCGGCCGUCCGUGCGCCGCCAGCCCCGCCGAAAACUGGCCAGCGAGUCGGACGCGUCGCGCUCUGCCGCUCUAGGUGGCGCCAAGCUGAGCCAGCGAGGCGGCGCCACCACCGGCAGUGAGUCGGAGAGCGAGCGGCCGCGCCGGCCGUACCACUAUCACCAGGUGCCGGGCACGCACCGUUUCCGUCACGACUCAGGUGCCGAGGCCAGCGACACAGAGGUGGCCACAUUCAACCGGUUCAACUACAUCAGCAAGGUGAUGGGCGGCUCGAGCGGCCGUCUGACCCGGCGGAACUCAGAUACGGGCAGCGAAGCCGAGGGCGAGACGGUCACCUGGGAGCCGCCGCACUUCACCAUCCCUGACCACCUGAUCCCGGCCGAGUUCUUCAUCCCGUACAGACCCUUCGCGCAUGCGCCGCGUCCCGGCGAGGAGUCCAAGAACAGCUCCGUGGUGACCAUCUUCGCCAUCUGGAACACAAUGAUGGGCACCAGCAUCCUGUCGAUGCCCUGGCUGGUGGAACAGUCAGGCUUCAUCUCUUCCAUCGCCACCUUCAUCCUGAUGGCCAUCGUUUGCACGUUUACAGCCUUCCGCGUGCUGACCAUGCAGAAGCGGCUGCGGAUCCCGCCGCCCACACACGACUUUCAGAACAUCAUGCGAGACGUGCUCUCCAAGUACUGGGAGUACUUCGGCAUCAUUUUCUCGGUCCUGGUGCUUGUUGGCGCCAUGUUGGUGUACUGGGUGCUCAUGACCAACUUCCUCUACAAGUCCGUCGACUACUUUUACGAUUUGGCAAUUGGGAACUUUAGCAAGUACGAGAUCAACACAACUGUGAUCAACGGCGCAUACUGUCCCGAGGAUGUGAUAGUUCCCGCCGAAGACGAAACUGUGGAGCUCACUGCCGCGUCUGACAGCUUCUACGAUAAGUUGUGGAACACGCAGACAGCACCGUUGUUCCUCAUCGUUCUGCUGUAUCCGCUACUCAACAUCAAGAGCCCCACCUUCUUCACCAAGUUCACCGGCAUGGGCACCAUCUCGGUGCUGUACAUGCUGAUUUUCGUGACCACCAAGUCUGCCCAGUUUGGCAUCCACGUGAGCUUCUCCGACAGCACGGCCUACGACUACGUGCAGCUGUUCAGGCCCAACUUCCCAGUGGCCAUGGGCACGCUGUCCCUGGCCAUGUUCAUUCACAACUGCGUGUGCCGCAUCAUGGAGAGCAACGAACACCAGGAGAAAAACGUCCGGGACCUCUUCAUUGCCUACUUCCUCGUGUUUAUCACGUACCUUUACAUCGGCCUGCUCUUCUUCAUGGCAUGGCCGUUCGCCAAGACAUGCAUCCAGGAUAACUUCCUGGACAACUUCCUUGGCACCGAUCCCAUGUCGCUGGUGGCGCGUAUGUUCCUCUUCUUCCAGAUGUGCACCGUCUUCCCGCUGCUCGGCUUCAUGAUCCGGGCCCAGCUGAUGACGUUCAUUUUCGGCACCACCUACCCCGGACCGGGCCGAGUCCUGCUGCUCAACACCUUCGUCGUGCUGGCCUGCGUGCUUGUGGCCGUCUUCUACCCGCACAUUGGUCAGCUGCUUCGCUUUUCGGGCGCGUUCUGCGGCAUGGCCUGGAUCUUCACGUUCCCCUGCGUCACCUACAUGGUGGGUGCGUACCGUCGCGGCCAACUACGCUGGCCGGGAGCGCUGCUUCACUCGGCGCUCAUUGUGCUUGGCGUCGUCAACCUGGUGCUACAAUUCGUAGUCAAGACAGAUUAACGGCGCUGAAUUCUCUAGCUGGUCAAUUUAAUCGAAUACCACUUCGGUCAUGGCUGAAGACUCUUGAAAGAUCACAUGGCGUCACCGGGACAGCGUAAUAUUGCGAAUGUUAUUUUAGUGCCGUGCUUCGAAAAUGACAAUCCAUAACUGGUCGUUCAGCCAGGAGUGGGUAACUUGCCUGUGGUCGCAGAUUGUCAUCCACCACUGGGCUUUGCAGCAGUCUUGCGAAGUUGUAUGACAACAGCGAGGUGUGCUGGCGUCGAUUGAAAGGUGCAUAAGGUAGGGAGCCAUAGCAUGGCUAAGUGCCAUACAGACCGGACAACGGGAACCCGUAUCAUGUGAGACACUAUACUCUAGUGUGAGGCGCUAGUGACCAGACUGUGAGUAGUCGUUGCGCCCCAGUGACGGAAUAACCGGGUUGUCAUGUAACAUAGAGGGACUCUACGAGAUGCGCCGUGUCUAUUGUCUAUGCGUGGACGUGGGUGUGUUCCACGUGUGUUACGGGUUCGCUUCAUCCGCGAGUGACCUGUGUGAGCUAUGUCAAAGCGGGUGUGCUUACCUGAAUUCCGCCUGUCCAUGGUAUAUACCGAUAGGGGCUGAGUGGGGAAAGGCGAUGUUGGCUGUAAGGGGCUCAACUGGAAUGAGAACGACCUUGACUAUAGUGCUAGGUGGCGUCUUACAAUAUCGUAAAUGUUACUUACACUGAUGAGUCUUUCAAACUAUGUGGAGUGUACCGCUCGGGACCGCUUUCAUAUUGUAUCGUUGAUACUCAUUUUAACCUGGACGCUGGUUUAACCACUUGGGCACUAGGGGCUGGUGUCUUCAUUUACUGGCAUUGUCUUCUAUCCUGAAAGCAUUAGAAGAGCAUGGGUCUGAAUGAGUUGACCGCACAUUCAUUGUUCGAUGUGCUGAUCGAUGUCCGUAUGAGUGUUGGAUGAAGUAUGGGAAUUUCGUAUUGUGUAUGUAAAUGCUCAGGAAUCAUGCCAUAUCCUACCUCGGGUGUGGGCAAAAUGAGCAGUUCAUGCUUACGGUUAUCAUACGGACAGAAAAUAUAUUUAUUCCAUAAUAUG